AAGGAAGAAAGAACGAAAGAACCAGCUCAAGACUGAACACAGAAAGAAAGAAAGAAAAGGUUUUGAUGACUUGAUUGACCGGUGAUAAUAAAAAUGCGCACUAAAGGAAAAGUGGUAUCAUUCUUUCAAUCCCUAAAUCGGCCAAAGAAUUAAGCAAAGGAAAGACCCCAACUUCCACUUCCUUACCCACUCAAAACUCAGACCCAUCAUUGAAAUCGAGAAAGAUUUCUUUUAUUUUCUCUCCCAGCUCCUUCUUUCUGGACCUCCAAUAUCUCUCCUCUUUCUUUCUUUCUUCUUCUUCUUCUCGGGUUGAUGAUUUCAGGCACUUUUAUGGUGUUUAUGCUAAAAAAAUGAGCUGAAACCCGAAUUCAACACGCCUGAUGGUUUGCUUCUGGUGAGCUCUGUUUUCGUUAGAAGAUCUUUUGGUUCAAAUAUGGGAAACUGCUGUUGUGGGUUUGAGCCGUCUGUGUAUAGAGUCUCUUCCAAUGUUAAAUCAGAGUCUCCAAAGGACGAAAGCCCACUAGUGCAGGAAGUAAAGAAAGAUGAAAAUAAGUUGCCGUCAAAUCCGGAAGAAGUAGAACACCUUCGUCGGAAUUCAACUAUGAAUCCUCUGGUUGUUUUCACGUUCCAGGAAGUUAAGAUCAUGACAUCCAAUUUCAGACAAGAUUACAUGUUGGGUGGAGGAGGGUUCGGAAAUGUGUAUAAAGGGUUCAUCGGUGAUGAUCUUAAUCAUAGGGAGGAAGGGAUUCCGACAGUUCCGGUUGCUGUUAAAGUUCAUGAUGGUGAUAACAGCUUUCAAGGCCAUAGAGAAUGGCUGGCGGAAGUGAUUUUCUUAGGACAGCUCUCGCACCCGAAUUUGGUGAAAUUGAUUGGAUAUUGUUGUGAAGACAAGCAUCGUGUGCUCAUCUACGAGUACAUGGCUAAGGGUAGCGUCGAAAACAAUCUUUUCUCGAGAGUAUUGCUUCCUCUUCCGUGGUCUACUAGAAUGAGGAUUGCACUCGGAGCUGCCAAGGGACUUGCUUUUCUCCAUGAUGCUGAGAAACCAGUAAUUUAUCGCGAUUUUAAGACAUCUAACAUCUUGCUUGACCCUGACUACAAUCCAAAGCUUUCGGAUUUUGGGUUGGCUAAAGAUGGACCGGUGGGUGACAAAUCUCAUGUUUCAACUCGCAUUAUGGGAACUUAUGGUUAUGCUGCACCAGAGUAUAUCAUGACAGGGCAUCUAACUCCUAGAAGCGACGUUUACAGUUAUGGAGUUGUUCUUUUGGAAUUGUUAACGGGGAGAAAAUCGCUAGACAAGACUCGGAGUGCGCGAGAACAGAACCUAACGGAUUGGGCACUGCCAUAUCUAAAGGAGAAGAAGAAAUUGUUGAACAUAAUUGACCCAAGACUAGGAGGAGACUACCCGGUUAAAGGUGUUCAUAAGGCGGCCAUGCUCGCUUAUCACUGCCUCAACCGCAAUCCAAAAGCGAGGCCUUUGAUGCGAGAUAUCGUCGAUUCUCUUGAACCUCUUCAAGAAACAUAUGAAGCUGUAAUGAAUCAUCACAAUGAUCCUUCUACCCCUACUUUAACUUAAGUUGUUGUAUCAUCUCAUAGUGAGUUUCCUGAUUUUUUUUUUUUUAUAUUUUGUGUAGCUUUUGUAUUAUGUUUAAUUAAUGUUACUAAUGC